CCUUCGAAUGAUGAUUUGCUUUGUGCUGUUCAUGAGGGAUAUCAACAAGCUUGGGAUUUGGCAAAAUCAGAUGAUAAAAAUAAUAAGAAUGAUUUUUUUGCUGAUUUUAAUGAUUUGUCCCAAAAUAAUGAAAUAUUAGAUUCACAUGCAAUUGCCAUAGCAGCAACUACCGUAGUUAACAUUAAUACAAUUGAUAUUCGUGAUGACGAUAUUGAAGAUGAUUUAAGAGAUGCACGUCUUGAUAAUCUAAUUGCAAGCUACACAUCAAAUCUGGAAAUAUUACGAAUGGAGAAAUUACGUGGAAUUCGGUGGAAAAAUCGAUGUCAUUUGUCUAUAUUAUCAAAUGCAAAUAAGAGAGUUGAUCUAAAUGGAAUAACCAUCGCUAAUGUUGGAGAACAUAAUCCUUUUCACAAGCAUGGUUAUGGAUUUUCUUAUAUUAAUGAUUCAUUAUCUUAUCUAUCAGUUAAAGUUUUUUUUCCACUUCAAAAUAAUAUUUUUUCACCUGUAACUAAUUCUGGACACAUGAUUUUUAGUCAUAUUAGUGCUAAAUUUUUCAUCUAUUUUCUUGGUUUUGGCGAUUUUAUUCAUGUUGAUGAGCAGCAUAACUUGUUAACUAUUUUUGGAAGAGCUUUAGAGUUGUAUAGAUUUUUUAAUGAAAGCUCUACAAAAAAUUUG